UCAGUUAAAGUUAGCACGUUUUACGUGUCAGAACAAUUUCAAUUAAACUGCAUUUAAAUAUUGUUCUUAGUUUUCAUUUAAAUUUUUGAAAAUAUGACGAAUCACAACAACGAUGUCGAAAUUGAAUGGUUAAAAUCGAAAAUAAUUCCAAAGCUUUUAAUAAGCGAAAAGCUUUCCAGCAAACUUAGUGAUAAUGAUUUUCAAAAUAUUACCUUGGAAAUCGAAUGGUUAGAUUCGAAUGAGUCCUUUAUGCUAACCACUUGCUAUCGUGCGCAUAUAAAAUUCGAGCAUAGUAAUGUUACUGAGGAACAUGUACUAUUUGUUAAGAAAACCCCCAAUUUACCACAAGAAGUGUUUGAUAGUAUCAACUUUAAAGCCUUGUUUAAUAAUGAAAUAUUGGCCUAUGAAAAAAUUUUACCAGCUUUAGAAAACUUUGGUCAAUGUCAACUUAAUUCCGCUACUUAUUAUUACGGCGAACUGCUGGAAAGCUUCGCUACAGUUAUACUGAAAGAUUUCCAUCAAGACGGCUGGUGCAUCAGCAAGACUCGAGUGAAUCUCUCGGUAGAACAUGCGUUGUUGGCUGCACAAUAUUUAGGUAAAUUUCAUGGUUUAGGAUUUGCGAUGCGUGCACUAAAUCGCGAGCAUUUCGAUGAGCUAACAAAUCGCUUACGAGAAUCACGUUUUGCCAGUGAUGUUAUCAAUCCCGAAUGGGCUAUAACUCUCAAACAGAGCGUACAAAGAGCUUUACAGGCAACCCAGAUAUAUCAAAGGCAAAUAAACAAGGAAUUUCUCGAAAAGUUCGAGAAACUCGUGGGUGAUAAUUAUGAAUACGGACGUAAAAGAGUACAACCUCGUGAACCUUACAUUACCGUAUGUCACGGCGACUAUUUACGGAAUAACGUCGCAUUUAAAUACAAUAAAGAUAAAGAGCCUCAAGAUAUUUUAAUGUUUGAUUUACAAACCUUAAGAGUGACAUCACCGAUGAUAGAUUUAACAACUUUUUUAUUACUGUCUACCUAUGCCGAGGUGCGUUGUAAAAAGUUUAAUGAAAUAUUUCAAAUGUAUUGUAUGAGGCUAAAGGAAACUUAUGAAAUAUAUGUUGGUAAACCAAUACCAGAGUACUUGAGCGUCAGCUCCUUACAAAGAGAAUAUACGAAAUUUAUGCCUUAUGGCAUUGGAAUAUCUUCUGCUUUUCUACUCCAUCUAGUAGAACCAAUUAACUUAAGUAGUCAACAGUUUUUAUCAUGCAAACGGUCAAAGGAAGAGAUAGUAAAUGAUAUUAUGACACGAGGAGGCAUUGAAGUCGAUCGGGAAUUAGCUCACCAAAUGAAGGAACUCCACGAUCUCUGCUUGACUUUCAACUUGAAAUUAGAUAAGGAUUUUUAAAGUGCGUUCAUUUUCAAUAUAGAAAUUAUUGAUGUGUACAGAAAAAGUCAAAACUAAAUGAAAAAAAAAUCUGAAAAACUGUGUGUCCCGAAAUAUCUUCGAAGGAUCGAAACUUAUAGACGACAAUAUGAAAAAUUAUCGUUUUUUUCGGGGUUGUUUCACCUCCUCGUUUAUGGUGGACGUGUGCGCAGGCAGGUUGCAAUCAUUUUUUAACGUUGAAGUCCUAACCACUAACUUCUUGUGGCAAGUCGAAAAAAAUAGCGAAUGAAGAUGAUCCUUUUGGUAGAAAUAGGCUAUGCAAAACGUUGGUUUUUCUAGAGUUGAUAAAAUUAUUUAAUUAAUUAACUUCUUAGUCGAAAGUUUUGUGCUGCUUGUACAACAUAUGCUACAAGUUACAGGUUGAUGUUAUUUGGUUAGGAUUGGUCAAUUUGGGAUCAGAUUUCGACUACAUUUUCUGAAUGUACUCUGAAAAUUAAUGUAUUUUUAAAUGUAAGAAUUUGUGAUAAGAAAAUGAAAAAUACUGAUCAUACGUGAAAGGAUACUUUUUUGACGGAAGUAAAAUAAUAAAUUCUAGAUGAUUCUGUUUAAUUCCAAAAAUUGUAAUGCCCGCUUUUAGGUAGAUUUGCGAUCUCUGGAUCGAAAAGCUACAUAUGAAAAUCAAGGCCAUUUCAUCCCUUAAAUGCGAAAUACUUAUAUAUCCAGGAAGUCUGCUAUGCAGAGUAAGUUUUAGUUUUUUGUUUUAUUGCGAACAUGCUUGUUGUCUGAUUAGCCGAAUUUUCUCAACGAGCUUUUUCAUAACUCUUAAAAAUUUCAAGGCAAUUGCCUCUGAUUUUUAACUUACAAUACUUCUGUUUCGGCACACUAUGCCACGACCCUAUUUUUAGAUCUCAUCAGUGGCUAUCAAAAUGAGUACAUUCAGCUAAUUUCAUAUUUGGAUAUUAAGUUUGCUCACCCCGAGUUAGGCUUGCCGUAUCGAUAUUGAAUUUUACAGGUAUUUUGAUUAGUAUAUAAUUUCUCUCCGGAAAAACAUGCUUCUAUUUUUGCACAGAUGAAUUUUAUGAAAUUGAAGUAUGGUAUUGAUUAUUUUCCACGUUUUUGAAGAAAAUACAGUAAAUUCAAAUAAGCAUUAAAUGAAUACAUAUAUUUGUAUGGAUACAUAAGUAUUGAAAUGCAAAAGAUAAUAUGAAAAGCACAUCUUUUAAAAACGAAGUGUAUAAAUCAUUUAGAAAAAGAACACAACA